AAUUGAAGAUGAGUGAAUGAUAUUCAGAAGGCCUUGGAUCGUCAAAGAUUUUUGUUCGUAUGACGUAAGCCGCCAGACAUGACUUGCGCAUUAGGCCACUAAUUUCUAGAUACUUGUCUAGGUGUCAAGCACAAUAGCUAUGUAAGAAAGGUUGUUAACGUUAGCUGUUACCUGCACAGUAAUCUUUGUUGGAAUAACGUUCCAACGACCAGAUCACCUUCUGCCAGAUACAAUAAGCAAAUAAGUGUGUGUCAGCCUCAGAUUAGGACGAGUCAGAUUUCGAGUGAUGUAGCUAGCUAUCCUACUAACAAUUAACGUUAGCUAGCUAGCUAAAGUUAGCAAGAUUACUCGCAAAGCACUCGUUAUCUUUGAGCACAAAAUAGUUUUCUUCCAAGGAAACAACUGAAAUUUUUCUAGCUAGCUAACUGUAGAGUAAACGAAACAAAUGGAAAGCGUGUAAAUGGAUGGAUCGGACGCAAAUAUGCUAAAUUGUGCGAUCAAGACCGAUCUGAACUUGCUGCUUGAGUGCCUCAAGUAUCAAAUGAAUUGUCCUGAUGCACAGAAGCAAGCUCUGCUCACCAUAUACUCCAUAUGUCAAGAAAAAGGGGAAGUUAUAGACUAUUUCCGGGAGACGGGUGGUGUCCUGUUUGUUUACAACCUCUCUAAAUCCAGCCAGCACUUGGAGGUGAAGGAGGCAGCCCUCUUUACGCUGGGAGGCCUGGCAGAGAACAGUGUGUUUUGCCAGCAGAUUUUGUGCAGAGUGGACAUCUUUGCAUACAUGAUGCAUUUGCUUGUGGAAGACUCCCCACUGACCCUGAAAAGGGUCGUGGUGUACAUGGUGUCGGUGCUUGUCGCCAAUAACAAAUCUGGCCAGACGUUUGCCAAGUCUACAGGGUGCAUGGAAGUCCUGUUGGAUUUGUUCAGGACAAGUUUUCCCACUUCGAGCGGAGUGGCUGACAUCGCUCAGCGGUGCCAGCUCUGGACGUCUGUGUCGAGCGCGCUGUGCGGCUGCGUGAACAACCCGCAGAACGAGGAGAACCAGCGGAUGUGCAUGACCAUCUUCCCUGAGGCCAGAACAUGGCUGGAGGAACUAGCACUGCCCAGAGUGGAGAUCAUGCGGCCAAUCACCUCCCUAAUAGGGAUGAUUGUUUCUAAUAAUCCGUCCGCCCAGGAGAGCUUCGCCUCGGCGGGGGGCCUGCGGACCCUGGCCCGGUCUCUGGUGAGGUUCGCCGCCGAGUCCCACCGCAGCCCCCUGGCCCGCGACCUGGCCGUCAUGGCGACCAAGACCCUGAGCGCCUGCGUCACCGACAAGGCUCCCCUGGCCUCGGGACUGGCUGAGUACCAUCUGGUGCCUCAGCUGUUGACCCUGCUGUCCUGUCCCGGCCUGGACCCCCGGAACCGGCUGUGCAUCGUCCUGGCGCUGGGCCACUGCACCGAGUCCUGCGAGGAACACCAGCUCCAGCUGCUGCGUGCCGGCGGCCUGCCGCUCCUGAUCCAGCUGCUGGCCGAGUCCCAGGACGAGGAGCUGAAGAGGGCCGCCACCUUCCUGCUCCACACCUGCAAACGGAUGACCUCGACCCUGGGGACGGACGGAGGGAGCCGCUCCCCCCGGGUCGACCUCGACGACCCCCUGGAGCGGGCGGGGCCCCCCGGCGAUCUGCGGAGUUACUGGAGGUCAGCGUGGGAAAUACAGACCAGGAUAGAGCAGCUGGAGAAGCUCCAGGGAGAGGCUGUGCUGGGAGGUGAGGGGGAGAGGGAAGGAGUGAAUUCCUCAGAUAAGUGGCGUGGGUCGGGGCGAGAAGAGACGCCCCCCCCGGCCUCCUGCGCCUCCGCCGGGUUUCGGGAGGGGACUCCCCGGGUCCGGAGCGCCAGAGGCAGGGGGGAAGAGGGGGGCGCGUCCCGCCAGGGGCACGAAGGCCCGAUCGAGAGCAGGGACCUGGAGCGCACCCCGGCCCGGCCCAGAACGCAGGAGCCCCCCAGGCAGGACCCCCACAGGAACUCCGGGGCUGACGGCAGGUUUCCGAGGGGCUCGGUCAGGAGGCAGAUUUUCCAGGCCAGCGCUGCACCACAGAGCCGAACACCACAGCAGUCAGCCCAGUCCAGCAGAGAGCAGCUCAGCCGCAGUACCGCCCCACAGCCACCAGGUGGAGCUUCGCGGCAGAGUGAGCCCGCGGAGCUGGGGGGCAACGUGCGUUCCGUCUGCAGCAGGAUGCCUCUCAGCUUGACCCCUCCGGUCACGGGACGUCCCAGGGAGCGGGAGGGGGCGGCCAGCCCUCCCCCCGCACCCCCAGAGAGCCGAGCGAUUUUCAAACGUCCGUACCCAGCCAAGGAGAGAGCUGCACGCAGUGAGAGCCCGUCCUUCAGAGAUCACAUGUCCCUGUGCGCAGACGUCCUGGAGGGCGAGAUCCGGAGGAUCCUGCGCACGCCCAACGCCGCGACCGCGCCGGGCUCCUUCCGAUGCUCAGGGUGCGCCACGGGCCUGUCGGGGCUGAGCAGCCGAACCUUCGGCCCGAUCCUGCGGUCCUGCCGGCACCGGUGCGACAGGCACGCCGUCCUGCAGGAGGCCCAGGCCCGCUUCAGACGGCGGCGCAGAACCGAGCCGGGACACGCCCAGCAGGGGCGCUGCGCACAAAUCAGGCUGACUCCCGUCCGCUGGGGCGCCCUCUCGCCCCCUAGGAGCACAGCCGGGCCAGCCUGGAUGACUCUGACUCCAGUUAAGAGAACCCAGGACCCUGUAGACGGGGGCGCAUACCGCAGGGAGGGGCCCGCCUCCGAGGAGCGCCAGGAAGCCCGGCGUGGGGACGAGCGCGGCUGCAACAGGAGGGAGAGAAAGAACUUCACGCAGGAUGAAGUCCAGUAUCUGCGGGACGGGGUGAAAAGGCUAGGCCCGUGCUGGAAUUCCAUUCUGUGGUCCUACCCCUUCCAAAAAGGCCGAACCAACGUGGACUUGGCAAAGAAAUUCUCCCGCUUGCAGAAGGAGAUGCCGCUAGUCGGGGAUCCAGAAGACUGACAUGUCAUCCAAAAACCCACAGGAAGAGUGAUCGGUUUAACAUACAUAAUUGUAUUGUUUGAGUCAUUUCAUUAGUGAAAUAUUUUGUGUUGUUAUUUCUGGUUUGUUUCCUGGAUGUGUUCGACUUCAGUGUUUUUGCAAGGAAUUGUAUGAUAAGCAGUUUGCAUUCAAAUAUUCAUAACCAUUUACUUGACAAAUACAUGUUACAUUAUUUAUAUAUUUAGAAAAAGACAAAGUCAGGCAGCUUUGACAGGAAACUGCUUCCUCUAUUGACUGUGGCCUGAGCUGGUUUUAAUAUUCAUCAAAUGUUUUUGAGCGCUCAUCUCAUUUACAAUAAAACGAAAAAUAAUUAUACGAGGAA